ACUCGAAAACCCUAGUCUUCCCAGUAGCAGCUCUUUCACCAGGUUCCAUCUCCUCUUCUAGGGUUUCGUCGAGGGCGGCGCAGAGUUUCGAAGAGCACGCGAGAAGCAAUGGCGAGGAUCAAGGUUCACGAGUUGAGGCAGAAAUCAAAGGCGGAUCUGUUGACGCAGCUUAAGGAUCUUAAGGCGGAGCUUGCUCUCCUUCGUGUCGCCAAAGUCACCGGCGGUGCCCCGAACAAGCUAUCCAAAAUCAAGGUGGUGAGAUUGUCGAUCGCUCAGGUCUUGACGGUGAUUUCGCAGAAGCAGAAGGCGGCAUUGAGAGAAGCGUACAAGAAGAAGAAACUUUUGCCUCUCGAUCUGCGUCCAAAGAAGACCAGGGCCAUUCGUAGAAGGCUCACCAAGCACCAGGCCUCCUUGAAAACUGAGAGACAGAAGAAGAAAGAGAUGUACUUUCCAUUGAGGAAAUAUGCUAUUAAGGUGUAGUGUUAUCUGAUAGACAUUUUCUUAUGCAACGGCAGACCAAUUUUGUUGACAAAUUUUGUCUCGUAUUCUUGAUAAUUUUACUUUGGAUACUCUCUGAGAUUUUUCCUCAACCAAGAUGUUUUAUUUUUGUUGACUUUUAUUUAUCUUGACAGUUAGUGUUUAUUCUCGUUUGAUAAA